AUGCCCAGGCUGAAAUCAACUUCAAAGCCUUCAAAGUCAAUAUCUAAUCAUGCUAAUACUACUACUAUGACUCUUCUUCUCCUUUUAUUCGCUUCACUUUUUCUCCUUAUAUGUAUAUUAUUAGAAUAUCAAAUAUCUAUUCAUGAAAUUAUUCUCACUUAUUAUUAUAUUCAACAUGAACAGGUGCCUAAUACACAAAGAAUAAAUAAACAGAAAUUGAUUACACAAGAUACAUGUAGAAGUAUUUGUCAACGUAUCCCUAAAAUUUCUAAAAGUCAAUCAAAAUCUCAUGGAUAUAUUUCAGAAAGGAUAUCUCCUAAAUUUAAUGCAAAUUUACAAAUAUUAUCUAACCUGAGUUAUCCUCAUUUAUCAGGUGGAGCAUGGAUAUACAAGGUGAAGGAGGAUAAUGAUGAAGGGGAAUCAGAACAGGACGACAACAACAAUGACGUCAUUGAGGAUAGAUAUUGUGAUGUCAUUCCAGAAGAUGGUGUAGCUAUCAUUAUCCCAUAUCCCCCAAAUCAAGACAAAUCCGAACGUCAACAACUCUAUGUCACAUUGUCUACGCUAAUACCAUUAUUACAAAGACAACGUAUAUGUUAUCGGAUAUUUGUAAUAGAAUCACUUAGUUAUAUCAAUAGUGAUUAUGAUAAUAAUAAUUCUUAUAAUAAAGGUAAAUUAUUAAAUGUUGGUUUUGUCGAAGCUAUGAAGUUGUUUCAAUUCCAUUGUGUUAUAUUUCAUGAUAUCAGUUUAGCGCCAGUGAAUUAUUAUAAUUCUUAUCAAUGUGAUACAAUGACGAAAUAUUCAAUGAUUCAUUCAAGUAUGGCGAUUAGUAAUAAUCUUAGUAAAUUUAAACCUCCUUAUACAUCAUCCUCUCCCUCCACAUCAUUAUCAUCAUCGUAUAGGAAUAAUGGUGUUGUUAAAUUAACCGCCAAAAAUUUUCUAACUGUCAAUGGAUAUUCAAAUGUUUAUUGGAAUGUAUAUAACGAUAUAGAAUACCAUUAUGACUUUAUUAGACGUCUUAAAACUAUUAAUAUUGAGUAUAGACAUGUCAAUGAAAAGAUUGGACAAUAUAUGCUUACAUCAUCAAAUAAGAAGUGGGAAAAUACACGUCAACUCAAUGGGAAUAAUAACAAUAAUCAUAAUAAUAAUAUGAAUAUUAA